AUGGAGGCGAGCUUGGGUGACAAAGGGAAGCGAAACCAUCUGAAGGCACCUGAGAAGGGUUGGACGUGGGCAAAUGUGGUUAAGGGCUUGUCGAGGAUGCCGACCUGGACCAAUCACCAAAUCACAACGGCGGAGCUGGAAGCUCCGAAAUGGCGCUUCACGGAUGUGGUGGAGAUCUCGCCGGAGAAGAUGGAGGUGGCCAGGGCGGCGUGGCGUGAUACCGCGGUGAUCAUGCGAAGCCUGGGUCAUCGCGUGCCAGUGGAAUGGAUUAACCGGGAGUUGCGGGUGGCCAGGAAACUCGACUACGACGUCGAGGAGUUCAUGAUGGCGGACGAGACCUCUACGUUUCGAUUUCGGUGUGAGAAGGAUCGGGAGGCUGCCAUGGAAGGUGGGCCUUGGCUGGUGGCUGGUCAGCUCCUGACUAUGGAGCGCUGGCGGCCAAACUUUGUUACGGAGACCAACCAGUUGUGUCGGACGGUAGUUUGGCUCCGGCUGCCAAGUUUGCCGAUGGAGUACUGGACGAAGGAGCUGAUCUGGGGUAUCACAACGAAGGCCGGACGACCUUUGGCACUGGACAAGGUCACCGACCAGGGACGGAAACUUGGUUUCGCCCGUGUCAAGGUUAAGGUGGAUGCGGGUGUGCCGAUCCGGCCAGGGACUUUCAUCCAGGUAGGAUCCGACCUACAUUGGCAGGCUUUCUACUACGAAAACCUACUUGGUUUCUGCUACAAGUGUGCCCGGCUGGGGCACGGAGAGGGAGCUUGCCCUUUUCCUUCCACGGCUUCGGCGAUGCCCGAAGAUCUAGGAGAUCAGUGCUCCCAGCAGAUUGAGACGAAGGAGCCCCCCCAGGAGCCAUCAUCUGAGUUGAAGAAGGGGGAUGGUAUGGGGAGUCGGCUUCCCUUUAGCCCGUGGCUGACAACAACCAAGGUAUGGCAGCCGAAGGCGAACAAGCCGAAGAAGAAGGCCACCGUGACGAAGGUCGUCCAAACAACGCCAGUGUAG